GUUCCCAUCCCCAGCGUGACUUAUUCUCCGCUUUUGCUACGUUUUAUAGAAAUUGGUGGUGCUGCAUAUAGUCUCACAGCAUAUGUUGUUGAAGUUCGCAUUGUCUUGGAUAUGGCUGGAGCGGUGCGCCAACCUAUUGAUGUUCCUUCCCUGGAACGCUAUCUCAAUCUCAAUGUACCCGAUAUCAAGACCCCCUUGGAUGUGAAGCAGUUUGGCUUUGGUCAAUCCAACCCUACCUAUCAACUCACUACCGCCGACGGUAGCAAAUAUGUCCUGCGCAAGAAGCCCCCGGGCAAGCUACUCUCCAAGACUGCGCACAAAGUCGAGCGCGAGUACAAGAUCAUCCAUGCCCUAGGAAACACCGACGUGCCCGUCCCCAAAGCCUACUGUCUCUGUGAGGACAGCAGCGUAAUCGGCACCCCCUUCUACAUCAUGGAAUUCCUAGACGGACGACACUUUACUGAUCCUGCCAUGCCCGGGGUCGACCCGGCGGAGAGAACCGCAUUCGGGAAGAAGAAGCUAACGACUGCAACCCCCCCCCUUACCAACAGAUGGCAGGAUGCGGUCCGGACAUUAGCCAAAUUCCACCGGGUAGUACCCCAAAAGGUCGGGUUGGAGAGGUUCGGAAAACCGACGGGGUACUAUGAUCGACAGAUCGCCACCUUCACAGCAGUUGCACAGGCGCAGGCACAAGCCGUGGAUGUGGAGACCAAGGAACCUGUCGGAGAGUUGCCUCAUUUCAUGGACAUGGUGCGUUUCUUCGAAGACAAGACAACGCAGCCGCAAGACCGCGGCACGCUCGUGCACGGGGACUAUAAGAUCGAUAAUAUGAUAUUUCACAAAUCCGAGCCGCGAGUCAUUGGCCUGUUGGAUUGGGAAAUGGCCACGGUGGGGCACCCUCUGUCCGACUUCUGCAACCUCACUAGUCCCUUUUUCCUCGAUGGGGUGGACCACAAGAAGGCAAUGUUCGUCCCGAAGGUGGUGCCUGGCUUGCCCGCUCGAGAGGACUGUAUCCGCUGGUAUCGUGAAGUGUCCGGGUAUGACCCCAGUGGGGAUAUCCCCUGGGGCGAUGCUUUCUUCUCUUGGAGAAGCUCGGUUAUUAUGCAUGGUAUCAAGGCGAGAUAUGCCCUGAGACAGGCCAGUAGUGCUCGCGCUGCGGAAUAUGCUAGAAAUACGGAGCCUUUUGCGCUGGAGGCCUGGGAACGGGUUAAGAGAGUUCAGGCCCAAUUGAGUCAAAAGGCCAGGCUGUAA